UUCGCCAUUUUGAAUGAUAGCAGAGGCGGAGCUGCGGCAUGUUCAUUAAGGGCCGGGCUGCGAAGACACCCCGAGGAGAGCCGAGGCGCUCCUCCCGUGGGGGGCGGAAGCUGGCCGUGGUAGCUCCGCCUCCAGCUUUGGGCUCCACCUCCCGGCCUCAUUUCCGCCGGGAGUCCAUUGCCCGGCGUCGCUGCCGUAAGUCGGGUCGGCGGCUUGCCGCAUCACGGAAGAUGGCGGCCACAGCGGCUACGGUGAACGGGUCGACCACCGUCUCGAGCUCCGGACCCGCGGCCACCUCGGGCGGGAUCCUGCAGGCAGCGGCCGGCAUGUACGAGCAACUCAAGGACGAGUGGAACCGGAAGAGCCCGAACCUUAGUAAAUGUGGAGAAGAACUGGGCCGCCUGAAGUUGGUUCUGCUGGAGCUCAAUUUCCUGCCAACCACGGGGACCAAACUGACUAAACAGCAACUCAUUCUGGCCCGUGACAUUCUGGAGAUCGGGGCCCAGUGGAGCAUCCUGUGCAAAGACAUUCCCUCCUUCGAGCGCUACAUGGCCCAGCUCAAAUGCUACUACUUUGAUUACAAAGAACAGCUUCCCGAGUCAGCCUAUAUGCACCAGCUCCUGGGCCUCAAUCUCCUCUUCCUGCUAUCUCAGAACCGAGUGGCUGAGUUCCACACAGAAUUAGAACGAUUACCUGCCAAGGACAUCCAGACCAAUGUCUACAUCAAACACCCUGUGUCCCUCGAGCAAUACCUCAUGGAGGGUAGCUACAACAAGGUAUUCCUGGCUAAGGGGAACAUCCCUGCGGAAAGCUACACCUUCUUCAUUGACAUCCUGCUGGAUCGAGGUUGGGUGCUGGGCCCUAACAACUACUACAGCUUUGCCAGCCAGCAGCAGAAGCCAGAAGACAGCACCAUCCCCUCUACUGAACUGGCCAAACAAGUCAUCGAGUAUGCCCGGCAGCUGGAGAUGAUUGUCUGAGGCUUGACCAGGGCGGUGGAUAUGGCCAGUCCAACAAACCUAGUAUAGGCUGGCCUUCAAUAAAGGCAGAUUAACCUCGAA